AGCGGAUCUUUUUUUCUCUGUUCCUUUUUCAUUUCCCCCUUUUUUUCUCUCCAAAAGCUCUCGCUAGGGUUUCGAAUCUUUGCUUCGAUUGAGGUCCAAUGGCGAUGGAGAAGGAGAGGGAGGCCCAUGUCUACAUGGCCAAGCUCUCUGAACAGGCCGAGCGCUACGAUGAAAUGGUUGAAGCCAUGAAGAAAGUUGCAAAGCUCGAUUUGGAGCUGACAGUUGAGGAGAGGAACCUCUUGUCUGUUGGUUAUAAAAAUGUCAUUGGGGCUCGCCGAGCAUCAUGGCGCAUAAUGUCAUCCAUUGAACAGAAAGAAGAAUCUAAAGGGAAUGAGAACAAUGUUAAGUUGAUCAAAGGGUAUCGCCAGAAGGUAGAGGAAGAACUGACAAAAAUAUGUAAUGAUAUCCUGAGCAUCAUCGAUGAGCAUCUGAUUCCAGCUUCCAGCACUGGAGAAUCUAGUGUUUUCUAUUACAAGAUGAAAGGUGAUUAUUACCGUUACCUGGCAGAAUUCAAGUCUGAACAAGAUAAGAAAGAAGCCGCUGAUCAAUCAAUGAAGGCAUACCAGGCAUGUCAAGAUAAGCGAAACACGGAUUUGCCAUCAACUCAUCCAAUUCGCCUUGGUCUUGCUCUCAACUUUUCAGUGUUCUACUAUGAGAUCAUGAACUCCCCUGAGAGGGCUUGCCAUCUUGCCAAACAAGCCUUUGAUGAAGCCAUUGCAGACCUUGACACUUUGAGUGAGGAGUCAUACAAGGACAGCACCUUGAUAAUGCAGUUACUGAGGGACAACCUCACUCUCUGGACAUCUGAUUUACCUGAGGAAGGGGGCGAGGACGGUCUCAAGGGUGAGGAGGCUAAAGCUACUGAACCCUGAGAAAUGACGCAUCGUCGGUUUAUCCAUGCCCCCGAGUUUUCGUACAUGGACUCAUGUUUCAUCGGUGGCAACCUACCUUUUACAUGGAUGUCUGUCUAGGGCUUCUUCUAUAUUGUGUCGAAGACGUAUUGAUGUCAUGUUGAGUCUGUUCUGUUUCUAUUGAAGUAGCGCUUUGUUCUACUGCUUUUAUUUCUUCUUGAUAGCAGCUUGUGAUACAUUAGAAAAAUGAUGGUACACCUUUAGUGAAAAUUGUGUUUCUGGUUUUGUCUGCUUUUUUA